AUGAUGAUACGUUUCUACACAGCUUCGGCUCUAGCUUCAACCUUCUCCUUGGCACUUGGUCAAUCUUAUACCUCUUGCGAUCCAUUAGUAAAGACCUGCCCAGCCGACCCUAGGUCCACUGAAUCUCAAUUUCAAUAUGAUUUCACGUCAAGUUCGGAUCUCCAGAAGUGGAACACAGCAUCCGGCACCAUAAUCUCGGGUAGUAAUGGUGCGGAGUUUACGAUCAACGAAAAGGGUGAUGCUCCAACCAUUGAAACCAACUUUUACAUCUUCUUCGGUGAAGUUGAGGUUGAAAUGAAAGCUGCCCCAGGAACUGGGAUUGUAAGCGCUGUCAUCUUGGAAUCUGAUGAUCUUGACGAGAUUGACUGGCCAAUUCCACAAGUACAAAUGGAUCUGGACCCAGGAGAGUCUUGGUUGAUUGAUGGAAAGACUGUCCGCACGCUGACCUACGAGGAAGCGGUUCACGGUACUCGCUAUCCUCAGUCGCUCAUGCGGGCUCGGAUUGGAAACUGGGCAGGCGGCGAUCCGGACAACAAUCCUGGCACGGUUGAAUGGGCUGGGGGGCAGACAGAUUUCUCGCAGGGUCCAUUCACUAUGUAUGUGAAGUCUGUGAGCAUAUUCAAUUACAACCCUACUGUGUCUUAUUCCUACAAUGGCGAUUCGGGCUCCAUGCAAGAUAUUGAAAUCUACGGCGCUACAUCCACCAGCACCAUUGUACCUGGUGAGCAUGGCGGUUCCGGUAUUCGUGGCACUGGUGUCUCAAAUCCGUCAUCCUUCUGGCCGUUCCCAAAUCUCAGUCCUGCUACAGCCAGCCCUGGGCUGAUGGACUCCAUCACACGGUGUCUUUUUGUCCUUUUGUGGUUGUGGUAUAUCUGA